AUGGCAGAGCUCAGCACCGACCGCCGAUUCCACAAUCUUACCCAGGAGCAAGUCCAGACUUUAGACCAAGUCCUGACUGAGGUGAUCCCCAUUCACGGCAGGGGCAACUUCCCCACACUGGAGGUGAAACCCAAGGACAUCAUCCAUGUGGUGAAGAACAGGCUGGUGAAGAGGGAGAUCAAGGUGAGGGAUGUCCGUCUGAAUGGCUCCACUGCCAGCCAUGUGCUGGUUCAGGAGAAUGGCACCGGCUACAAAGACCUGGACAUCAUCUUUGGAGUGGAGAUACCCAGGCAGGAGGACUUCCAGGUCAUCAAGGAAGUGGUGUUGGGCUGUCUGCUAGACUUCCUGCCACGAGGUGUCAACAAAGAUAAAAUCACUGCCCUGACCAUGAAGGAGGCUUACGUGCAGAAGAUGGUCAAGGUCUUCAAUGAACAUGACCGCUGGAGCCUAAUCUCACUUUCCAACAACCGUGGCAAGAAUGUUGAGCUGAAGUUUGUUAACUCCCUUCGUCGGCAGUUUGAGUUCAGUGUGGAUUCCUUUCAGAUAAUCCUGGACCGCAUGCUCGAGUCUUACCUGGAAGCAGAGAGGCAGGCCAUCCAGGAGCUGCCUAGUAUCACAGUGGUGGCGGAAAGCAUGUACGGUGACUUUCAGCAGGCCAUGGAUCACUUGCGAUACCGCCUGAUCGCGACACGGAACCCCGAGGAGAUCCGAGGUGGAGGCCUGCUCAAGUAUAGCAACCUGCUCGUGAGGGACUUCAAGCCGGCUAGCGAGACGGAGAUCAAGUCCCUGGAGCGAUACAUGUGCUCGCGGUUUUUCAUCGACUUCCCUGACGUCCACGAGCAGCAGCGUAAGAUCGAGUCCUACCUGCGCAACCACUUCAUCGGCGAGGAGUCCAGCAAGUAUGACUACCUGAUGACUCUGAGGAGGGUGGUCAACGAGAGCACCGUGUGCCUGAUGGGGCACGAGAGGCGACAGACCCUCAACAUGAUCACUGUGCUGGCCCUCAAGGUGCUCGGGGAGCAGAACGCCAUUCCCAACACCGCUAACAUCACUUGCUUUUACCAGCCGGCCCCCUACAUGGCAGACCACAAUUUCACCAACUACUACAUCGCACAAAACCAGCCCACCCUUAUCUACCACCCCUACCCUCUGCACAUCCACAUGCAGACAGGCCUGGUGUAGUGCACGCUGUAAGCGGACAAUUGUGGGAGUCAGGAACAGCUGCACCAUUCUAAGAUUAAAAUGGCCACUUCAAAAAAGUUACAAAAAAAUUCUGAGCUUUAGAGAAAUCAGAUCAGAUACUGGAAAAAGCUGUGCUAAUAUGGGUCUUCACCACCAGUGAUGAACAAACUCUGUGACUCCAAAACUGAAAUCACUGGUAGAUGGAAGUCAAAGGUGAAUGAAUAUGUGGGAAUGGAAACUGAAUCCCCAGGCAAUGUGUAGGAAGCAGCAUAAGGCCAUGGGGAGGCCA